UCUGUGGGAGCAGGAUUCAAACCAGAGAACUUUCAGUUUGAGCCGUAGUGCAGUUUCAGACUUGGAAUCGCAUCUCUGCCUGCAGUUUUCACUUUGGAGAAAAACAUGAGAUGUAACGGGCGGAUAAAUAUUUAACGCAAUCAAUGAGAUACGCAACAUCUCCUUGUGAUAACUGAUAACAGAGCGACGCUGUGAAACGAGUUUCUCUCAUUUUAUCGUUCGCAUUUUUAUUUUCGAGAGCAAUUUGUUGCCUUUUUUGCAGUUGCGCCUUGAAAGUUUACCUGUGCAUUAUGAAAAGGACAAAUCAAUGAAAUCUACACGCUUGUUUGUGCAUUUAUUUUCAUUGACAGCUUUCUUCCCUCGAGUGAAAGAAAAUCCCGCUUAGGUUCUGAUUGCGGAUGACUUUAGUUUAGAAUCGAACCUUAUAAAGUGUAAUUGAAAAACAGCCGCAUUAUCAGAAUAAUAUUGGAUAAUUGUUUCUGUCUGUUGUUUUGUUUUUGCCUUUGAAGAUGGACAGAUUGGGGAUUUUGGUUUUAUUAGUAUUAACUAUCGUACUAGCGCAAGUAUGUUACAGUAAAAAGGACUUUGCAGGUGGCAGGCACGAAAGUGCAGGGGCUCGAGCUGUGUGGGAUCAGGGACGUGCCCGAGCCAGAAACCAGGGUCACAGUGCUGGGGGAAUUGGAGACGGUUCCUCGGCCCAGCAACCGACUGAAAGUUCGUACAGGACGCAUAACAAUAAUUCACGCUCAGACAGGGGGGUAGAACAGCUGAAAAGCGCACUGUCACAGCAAGAAAAUAGACACGCGACCGUGGCUGAGACUGGUAGCCCAGUUACGCCACAGAAAACGGAUGCAUCGUACAAGUUAUUGGACUCUACCGUUCCCUUGGACAGCACGCGCAGAACCCCAAAACAACGGACAGCUAGGAGCCCAUCUCAGCAAAGACACCGGAUAAAUACCAGGCAGAAUCCUGCUGGUAACGGAAAUAAACCCAGUACUGCAAGCCUGAGGCGUCUUGUUGGGCCCAAUGUCUGCGGAGGACAGCAGUGCUGCUCUGGAUGGGCCGUGGCCCCAGGGACUAACCGAUGCAUUAAGCCUGACUGCCAGCCCCCCUGCCAGAACCGGGGCUCCUGCAGCCGGCCCCACACCUGCGUGUGCCGCUCGGGGUUCCAGGGCGCCCACUGCGAGGAGGUGGCCCCAGAGCAGGUGUACAUCCGGUCGGGCACCUCCCGGGCCCUCAUGCCCGUCCGGCCGGGCAGCGGCCCCCAGCAGCAGCAGCGCAGGAGGCCCAGUGAGCGGCAGGCCGCGGACAGCGCCAGUGGCGGCAGGGCUCAGACUCCCAGACCGCAGGCCCCAGUCACGAGACCGCCCCUCGCCACCGCGUCCCAGGUGAGACGAGGAUCGUCUGACUCCUCCCCCCAGCAAACAGGGACGUCCCGGACCGUGAAGCGCUACCCGUCAUCCAGCUGGCCAAUCACCUCCAAUGCUCUGCCCAAUGGGAACGGCAACGGACAUCAGAGCAACCAGAGGCUCCCCCUCAACCGCCAGGGGAGCGACAACCUCAACAAUGCUGUGGCCCCAAUUGGAGCCAACCUCACCUCCAACCUGGACCGCAUCAAGAUCGUCUUCACGCCCAUGGUCUGCCGCCGGACCUGCAGCGGCGGCCGCUGCUUCAACAGCUGCCAGAAGGGCGACACCACCACCGUCUACAGCGAGAACCAGAACCAGCAGCCCAAGUCCCAGGGCUUCCGCAUGUUCUUCUGUCAGCUUCCCUGCAUGAACGGCGGACGCUGCAUCGGAAGGGACCAGUGCUGGUGCCCGUCAAACUCCACAGGGAAGUUCUGUCACCUCCCUGCCCCCCCUCCUCAGAAGCCCCCACCCACCAGGAAAGACGCUGUUCUGGCCGGAACCAACUCGCACUCCAUGUACACCCUGCCCCUGUCCAACCAGCAAGCUUCCAUGCACCCAUCCCUGGUGAAUGUGCACGUCCAGCACCCACCUGAGACUGAGGUGCAGAUCCACCAGGUGGCCCGGGUCAAGCCUGGCCAGACCCCCCCUGCAGGGCGGGACACCAGCGCAGACGGGGUGCACUCCGUGCAGCAGCGCUCCCAGCCAGGGAACGGGAAUGGGAACGGCAUCGGCAACGGAAAUGGCAACGGCUACACCAGGCCCCACCACCGGCAGAACGGCUAUGUGGGCAGGUGCUUCCAGGAGACCAUUGACGGACAGUGCGGUAAGCCACUUCCCGGCCUGACCAAACAGGAGGACUGCUGUGGCAGCGUGGGAGCCUCCUGGGGUCUGAACAAGUGCACAGAGUGUCCCCCCAAACCAGCCUAUGCAGUGAUUGCAAACGGCCAAGUUGAGUGCCCUAAAGGUUACAAGAGGAUGAACCUGACUCAUUGCCAAGACAUAAAUGAGUGCCUGAUGCCAGGGAUUUGUAAGAACGCUGAUUGUCUGAACACCAGAGGAAGCUACAGAUGCACCUGCAAGCCAGGAUACAUGCUGGAUGCAGCCAGGAGCCACUGCGUCUCGGAUAAGGCCAUCUCUGACAAGAAAGGCGUGUGCUACCGGUCCACGCCUGCCGGGACCUGCUCCCUGCCCCUGGCCCAGCACAUCACCAAGCAGAUCUGCUGCUGCAGCCGCGUGGGAAAGGCCUGGGGCCCAGCCUGUGAACGUUGCCCUGUGCUCGACACCGACCAUUUCAAGGAGAUCUGCCCGGCUGGCCAUGGCUACACCUACUCCAGGUCAGACAUACAGAUCUCACUGCGGCAGGUGGAGGAGGAGGAGCUGAGGAGGUCCGACACAUCCCAGCACCCACUGCCUCCUCCUCACCACCAUCAACCCCAGCAACCCCAAAUCCCACAGUAUCCCCCGUUCAUUCACCCUGACACUCCCAGGACACCCAUCUGGCAACCAGAAGAUGGUGAAAUAUUGAGAACACCUGCUGGUGCAACAGAUUCACCCUCAAGGUAUUCAGAUGUGGAAGCGAGGACCACCCCCCACUAUCCCAUCGACCCAUAUCCAGAGUCGGAGGACUGGGACACCACAUCCAUAAACACUGCCACCCAGGUCCCAGAUGUCGACAGGUGUUCUGUCACCCCCACCAUCUGUGGCCCUGGGGUGUGUGUGCCAGUGCAGACGGGCUAUACCUGCCACUGUCACCCUGGCUACCAGCUCAAUGCACGGCGGACUAACUGCGUGGACGUGAAUGAAUGCGACAGCGAUCCCUGCGAAGGCAAAGGACACUGCGUGAACAGUUUUGGCUCCUACACUUGCCACUGCUACACAGGUUACAGCCAGGUCAUCACUCAGAACAAGAGGUUCUGCCAAGAUGUGAAUGAGUGUGACAUGUCCAACAAGUGUCCGGGCAGCCGCUGCAUCAACACAGAGGGAUCCUACACCUGCGAGUGCGAGAGCGGCUAUGCCCAGAACUGGAGAGGGCAGUGUGAGGACGUAGACGAGUGCCGAAUCCCCAACGCUUGUCCCGAAGGAAGAUGUCUGAACACGCCCGGCUCCUUCCAAUGUCUGGGCUGCGGCCCUGGGUUCAAGGCGGCUGGCGGGAGGUGUCUGGAUAUCAACGAGUGUCAGACCCCUGGGGUGUGUGCCCACGGCAGGUGUGUCAAUAUGGAGGGCUCGUACACCUGCAUUUGUAAACCUGGCUAUCAAUCUAGCCCAGACAACAACAGUUGCCAAGAUGUGGAUGAAUGUCAGCUCUCAGGAGUGUGCCUUCAGGGCAGGUGUGUGAACCUGGAGGGGACCUACAGGUGCAGCUGUAACCUGGGAUACCAAGCCAGCCAUGACGGCACACUCUGCGAAGAUAUUGAUGAAUGUGCAACCAGGAAUGUGUGCCCUAAUGGACUGUGCACCAACACUGAAGGUUCCUACUCGUGCUCCCACUGCAGGCCAGGAUAUGUUCGUUCAGCCAAUGAGCAGAAAUGUGAAGAUGUGGACGAGUGUGCUCAGGGGACAGUUUGUCCAACUGGGGUCUGCACCAACACAGAGGGCUCUUUUACCUGUGAGCAGUGCCAGAGCGGCUAUAGGCUUUCCCAGGACAAGCAGAGGUGUGAGGAUGUGGAUGAGUGUCUCACUCCUUCUGUGUGCCACAAUGGGAUUUGCUUGAAUGCUGAGGGCUCCUACUCCUGUGUCCCCUGCCCCACUGGCUACAUUGUGUCUGCGGAUGGAGAGCUUUGCAAUGACAUCGAUGAAUGUGCGUCAGUCGCAACGUGUCCUACGGGAACCUGCAUCAACACAGAAGGUUCCUUCAGGUGUGUCUCCUGUCGGCCUGGCUACAGAGUGGCGGAGGAUGGGGAGUGUGAAGAUGUGGACGAGUGCUCACAGCCAGACGCGUGCCCUGACGGGCUGUGCAGAAACACAGCCGGCUCUUUCUCCUGCGUGGUCUGUGGAACAGGCUACAGGGUGGCUGCAGACGGCACCACGUGUGAAGAUGUGGAUGAAUGCCUGGUGGUGAACGUGUGUCCGGACAGACUGUGCCGUAACACCGUGGGCUCAUUCUCCUGCAGCAGCUGUGGUACAGGGUACACUCUGAGUGAGGACGGGUAUGGCUGUGAAGAUAUAGACGAAUGCCUGUCCCCGGGAAUAUGUCCGUCAGGUGUGUGCACCAAUACGGAGGGCUCCUACUCCUGCACGUUCUGCGAUGCUGGCUACACCAUCUCUCCUGACAGGCACAACUGUGAAGACAUAAACGAGUGUGAAGACGAGAGCCGCUGUCUGGGAGGGGAGUGCACCAACAGCCCCGGCUCCUACAGCUGUGUCUGUCCCCCCGGCUUCCAGCUGGAGGACGGGACCUGCAGAGACAGGGACGAGUGUAAGGAGUACGGCAGCAGCGUGUGCGGCUCCUGGCGCUGUGAGAACACCCUGGGGUCCUACCGCUGCUUCAUGGACUGCCAGCCAGGCUUGGAGACCGGAGACUGCGAUAUUGAUGAGUGUGUCAACGAAACAAUCUGCGGAGACCAUGGGUUCUGUGAGAACACGGACGGCUCGUACCGCUGCCAGUGUGACCUGGGGUACACCAACUCCCCAGACGGUCCUGAGUGUAUGGACAUCAACGAGUGUGAGAUGAGCACAGCGCUCUGCGGGCCCUUCCUGUGUGAGAAUGUGGAGGGAACCUUCCUGUGCAUCUGCCCCAAUGAGAACGAGGAAUUCAACCCGGUCACCGGCCAAUGCCUGAGCCGCUCUGGGAUGCUGGACCCGAUAGACGCUCCCCAGCCUGGUCCAGCGCCCUCCGAUGACCAGGAGAGGAAGCAGUGCUACUACAACAUCAACGACGCCAACUUCUGCGACAACGUGCUGUCUGGCAACACCACCAAGGAGGAGUGCUGCUGCACUGUGGGAGCUGGCUGGGGGGACAACUGCGAGAUUCACCCGUGCCCCUUCCCCGGAAGAGCGGAAUACAACCAGCUGUGUCCGCACGGAAAAGGCCUGCUGCCCCUGCGCAGCCCGACCCAGGGCUUCGGGCAGCUGCUCUACAAAGAUGCGGACGAGUGCGAGAUGUUUGGGACUGAGAUCUGCGAGGCCGGCCGCUGCUCCAACUCGUACUCCUCGUACUCCUGCUUCUGCCGCACUGGCUACUACUACGACACGGUCCGGCUGGAGUGCGUGGACCACGACGAGUGCCAGGCGGAGAACAUGUGUGUGGACGGAAGCUGUUUCAACACCCCCGGCUCCUUCAACUGCUUCUGCAGCCCCCCCAUGAUCCUGGACCAGACCCGCCGGCGCUGCAUCGCCGUCAACGCCUCCGAGGAGAACCUGGACCUGGAUGACGACUAUCACAUGGACAUCUGCUGGCAGGACCUGAAAGGGGAUAACAUGUGCUCACACCCCCUGGUGUCCAGAAGGACCACCUACACCGAAUGCUGCUGUCUGUUUGGAGUGGCCUGGGGCAGCCAGUGUGCCUUCUGUCCUAUCAGGAGCUCCGACGACUACGCCUCACUGUGCAACCUGCCCAGACUAGUUAUAGAAGAUUCUGACAGUCUGCGGGAGAGGCCGGGCUAUGAGUACGGCCCUGACGGAUCAGAGGGCACCGAUAGCACCCUGUACUGGGGCGGUUACGGGCCUGGUGCCGGCGGAAACUACUACAACACUUUGGGAUCUGAGUACGGCCCCCAAGACCCCCAGCCAGGCCCCUUCUACCCUGAGCCAGACACUAAUGAUGACUACGGCUCCCGUGAAGCAGUGAGAAUCCCGGUACACAGACCCAGGGAGUUCCAGCCCCACCUAGUGGACCCACACAGUGAGCGCUAUGACGGGUUCGAGGGGCUGCAGGCGGAGGAGUGCGGCAUCCUGAACGGCUGUGAGAACGGCCGCUGUGUUCGCGUGCGCGAGGGCUACACCUGCGACUGCUUCGACGGCUAUGAGCUCAACCUCGCCAAGAUGGCCUGCAUCGAUAUUAACGAGUGCGAAGACAUCGGCGACAAGGUGUCGCUGUGCAAGAACGGAGUGUGCGCCAACACGGAGGGCUCGUACCGCUGCACCUGCCUGCCUGGGUUCCAGGCCUCCGCCAGGCCCCACGAGUGUAUCCCAGAAGUCCAAGCGCCUUCCCAGAGGGAGGCUGGGAAGUGAGGGCGUUUACCCAGUGCAGCUUUCCGUACUCUCGCCCCCUCCCCUCCCUCUGUCUCUCAGCCCACACCACCGCCCCCAGCCCUCUCCCUGGGCUUGGCACUCAACUUCCAAUAGUAAAGCAGGAAUGUCAGCCCUCCCCUCAGAGCACACACACACGUGUAUACACACACACACACACACACACACACAUAUAGACACAUGCACAUACAGACACACACAUACACAUGUGCACACACACAUACACACACAUAUAGACACAUACACACACACACAUAUAGACACAUACACAUACAGACACACACAUAGACAUACACACGUGCACACACACAUAUACACAUAUACACACAUACACAUACACACGUGCACACACACAUAUAGACACAUACACAUACACACACUCACACACACACACACACACACACAUACAGAUACAGACACAGUCACAGUCACACACACACACUAAAGGACCCGGGUGGGAAAGAGCUGUGCAGUGAAUGUAUUGCAUGGGAUUUGUUACUUAGCUCUGUUUGCAUUUGCCUUAAAGGGAUCUCUAUGAGGAUUGACUCCAGGCAUUCCACGCCUCACUCCAACCUUAAUAGUCCAAUCAGGUUCUCUCACAUUUCCUGUCCUCAUGCAGAGUUUAAUGUACAUACACUUUUUUGGACAUUUUUUUCUUUGUUCUAUGAAUUAUUUAUUUCUUUUAGAGUAUAAAGCUUUUUAAACUAAUAGUGCUAAAUUAUGUUUUGUAAAAAAAUAUAUAUUAUAAAUAAUGAAUAAAUUCUGACUGGUCAUGUGGUUUGAAUUAUGAUUGUUCAGGAAAGAUUCGGCCCUUACAAAAAUGUCCUAGAGGACAGGCCAGUUCCUCUGCGGUCCUAUAGGAUGUUUUUGUAAGGGGGUAAGGAAAUGGGACAGAUCACAACCAUACAAGCAUCUGUAACCUGUGUUUUCUGUGCAAGCUCUUCACUACUCUAAGUCCUAAAACCAGUAUAUAAAGACCAUGUUGUUUCUUAUGGGCAGACACUUGGAUUUUAAAGGCCAUUUUCUUCAAGAUAUCAUAUCCACAAGCACAAAGCAGGAAAACCACUUUUCACAACAAGCACACUACAGUAGACCACUGGAACAUAUACAGUAGGUCCUUUAUUCUGAUAGAUAGAUAUGUUUGCAAAAUACAUUAUGCACCUUCAUAUUGUGGCAAACAUCUUUGGCCUUUUUAAGAUAAGGUAUGUUACAUUUUAAGUGAUACUUCUAAAUGAUUUAGUAUUGUUCCUUUUGACCAUCAUUUUAGUAACAAGAUUUUUUAAAAUCCCCACAAUAUUAACAGCAAGCAUGUGCGUGGUGCUGGACCCUCUUCAACUGUCACUCACUGGCUGUUUCUGGAUGGUCUGUGAAGUGGCUUCUUCUCAGAAACCCACAAAUGAUUCUAAUCGAAUGACCUACAGACGUUUAAGAGCAUGUCAUGUUUCUUGGGCUCUUAAAAAGCUGCAAGACUGUUUCACAACGGAAAAAGCUUGCCCCUGAGGACACACUGAGGCACAAACAUCCUAACUCCCUCUGUAACCUAGAUACACGGUCCCUAAUUGCCCCUUUUUUCUGGAGUUGGAAUCACCCAACCGACACAAUGUUCUCACAGUAUUCCUGCGUGUAAUGCAACAUUACAAUGCUACAACAUACAGCAACUGUCAGAGAAUCAUUGCAGGAAUGGGAUGUGGUAGCUUGGCGUGGUGUAAAUGUAUACGGCAAGAUAUUUUAUGUUUGAUGGUUUUUACAAGCCAGUCUUUGCUACACGGCUUGUGCAGGCAGCAGUGCUUCACAUACAUAUAUUUGGACAUGAAACAUGCAUGUAUCAGCACACAUACAGUAAGGCUAACGAUAGCGUGCUACAGAGCAAGCUCUCCAUUACUGUACAUGUUUACAGAGUGUAUUCAUAUUGUGUUUCUCAGAUCCCAUGUAAAAGCAUUCCCACGGAUACAGAAGAGAAUGCGAGACAAAGCUUUGUUGAAGGGGUUUGGAAUAUUUUGUACAGAUCUAGUAUUAUGUAAUUAAAUUCAUUGUGAUAUAUUAUAACUAGAUAUAUAGCACAACCAAUAUUUUUGUUUGACAAAAACCUUAAAAGAACCCAAAAAAACUAAAAAACAUUCAGUAUAAUUACUUAGCUAUGUAGAUUUUAUAUCUCUGUAAAAUUGUUUCUUUUUUUUUUUACAUAUCUUUAUGUAUGAGAUAAAAAUGGUUUACACUGUACCAUAGAAAGUGUAUGUAUCCUGCCCUGUGGAGCAGACAUUGGAAAUCAUUUUGGGGCUUGGCAGUACUCGGUAUCUAACACAGUCUAAAUGUGGUGCCAUGGAUGUGUGCAAACAGUCAACCCGAUUGCUUAACGAAUGAUCUGUGCCAUUGCAACUGUGCAUCAAGGAUAAAUGAGCGAUGAAAUGCUUUCACAUCACAUCUGGAUCAGAGUGGUACAUCCCAAGAAGUAGAGCACAGAUGUUUUGCUUUACUAAGUGCCUCACACUUGCUGAAGGAGAAGAAAUACAUACAAAUACAAGGAGAUGACAAUUCAUUUACAUUCUGGCUUUUCAAUAUGAACAACAAGUGACAGCUAUCUCUUCAAAGUGCUAACAUUGUGUCUGUGUCUAGAGAGAUCUUGCCAGCCUCUAAAAGUAACACGUGUCUUUUGUAUUAUUGGAUGUUGCCUUUUUCAAUGACUGAUGCCCUCAACCUGCAUUCUCUAGAGAAGGAAUUCUGUAUGCAGUGGCUACUACGACGUAGACAGUACUGCAUACUUCCCUUCAUAUAUGUAGACUAAUGAGACUCCCUUUGAGGUAAAGCAAGGGAUGAUGUUUUUUGUUUUUUUUACUUUUUCUUUUCUUUUUUUUGGGUGGGGUGGGGUUAAAUACAUAAAUUAUAGGAUGAAGGGUGAAGUCCCUCUGUUUGAAACUGGUCUGGAAGUAAUUUCUUGGUUCAUUCCUCAUGUUUGCCUCUAACUGUAGUCACUUUCAGUCAUGAAAAUAAAAUUGAAAAGAAAAUAAA